AUGGAGCUGAAGGUUUGGGUCGAGGGAAUCCAACGUAUCGUGUGCGGCGUCACGGAAGUCACCACGUGUCAGGAUGUCGUGUUUGCGUUGGCACACGCGACUGGCAAGACGGGACGCUUCACGCUCAUCGAGCGGUGGCGAAACAACGAACGUCUGCUUGCACCACACGAGAACCCGCUCAAGAUCCUGAUGAAAUGGGGCGAGUACUCCAGCGACGUUCAGUUUAUCCUGCAGCGAUCUGACCAGCAGCAACAGCAGAAAAAAGAUCAGCAACAACAGCAGCAGCAGCAGCAGCAGCCGCCGCAGCAGCAAAAGAGCAAUGAGUCGUCGGCUCCACAAUCCCAGCAGCAGUUGCUCCGUCAGCAGCAAAAGCUAAAUCAACUCAACAACAACCAUAUCGGUGUGAAUGGCAAGCACAGCGCUCCCACGAGUCCCAAUGGGCAUGUUCAAAGCCACGGGAACAAUAACAACAACAACAACAACAACGGCUCUACUAUAAUCCCGAACGGAGUACUUACGGCGCAUAACCAUAUCAACAACAACAACAACAAUAGCAAUGGCCACCAUUAUCCGCAUCAUAAUGCCAACGCGACAAGUGACGAGCAGCAAGCAAAGAGCAAACUUCAUCAAAAUAAUCUCAAGAACAUCGCCAAUAACCAGCAACACCAGCAGCAUCAGCAGCAGCAACAGCAGCUUCACCAUCAUCAACUUCAGGCGCAGCAGCAACAGCAUCAUCACCAGCACCAGCUCUCGUCAUCUUCGACAUCGUCCGACCACCAGCAUCGGCAUCACCAACACCAUCAACAGCAACAACAGCACCAUGUCCAAUCGAAUGGCGUCGGUGCGUUAAUUCGAACCGGAAAUGAUCCUGCCGUGGCUGCGGUCAGUGCCGGGAAGCAAUCGGAAUUGAUCAUCACCAGCAGCAACGGCGCUGGAGCCCUCGAGCGAGGCAAGGAAACGAGGAAAAGUCUCAAUUCGUCUGGGUCCGGUAGCAAGUCGGAGCAAACGCCCCAUCACCAGCAGCCAUCGCAGAAGCAAAAGCACCAUUUGCAGCAGCAACAGCAGCAGCAGCAGCACCAAAACGUCGGCAUCGUCCGGGGGAUUGUUCAGCACCAGCAAAAGUUGCACCAUGUUGGAACCGCUGGUCAGCGACAUUCACCAAAUGCGGCCGUCACUGCUGCCGGUCCAACUCUACCGAAGGGUGCGACCACCAGUGAGCAUGGCAACCCAAGCACCAAAAGUAGCACAAGCAGCACGAGCAGUAACAGCAGCAACAGCAGCAGUAGUUCCAGCUCCAGUGCGUCCUCGAACAACACUAGCACGAGCAGUGGUAUCGGUGGAAGCGGUAGUGGAGCUUCCGGAUCCAGUGGCCAUCAUCCAACAUCUUCGCCCAGCUCUACCCAGCAGCAGCAGCAGCAACAACCCGUGGAAGCGACGUACGCGAGCGUGAUAAAAAAACCGAAAGCACACCCUGCGACAUCCGGUUCCGGUAGCGGUUCGGGCGGCAACGUGGUCGGCGAGUUCAAUGCGGCUGAUUUGCGCAGCUCGCUUGACCGGAAGGUGAACGGACUCGUGUUCAGCAGUGGGCUGAAUGAGCGAGGUCCUUCACAGCAACCACCAGCGGUGCCACCAUCGGCAGGAUCACCUCCUUCAUCAGCAAGCGUGAUCGUCGGAGCAACGCUCAAACCGGAACAUCACCAUCUCGGAGCGAGUCGACCACCCUUCCAGCAUCACCUGCAGCUGCAAAACCUGCUGUGUACGGACAGCCAACACCUGGACACGAGCAGUGUCAGUAGCAUCAGCAGCAGUUCGGCGACAACCUCCGGGCAUCAUCCGUCGACAAGUUCCCCGGUCACGGGCGUUUCGUCAAAUGGAGCGCUUGUUCCGCCACCGUACCGGGAUCCUCCGCCACCACGCAACAGCCCGCUCUCACACACACUCACCAGCCUGAGUAGUACCGGAAGCGGGGCUAGCAGCAACCAGAGCCGAAGGCACCAUCAGGAUCAUUCCGCCAUCGUCGGUGGCGCAAUGGGCCAUCAUCAUCCACCGGUGGUGGGUGAAUCGUCAGCCUCUUCCACGUCGUCGGUAGGACCAUCCACGAUCUUACCGGCGGGAGUGACCGUCCAAGAGGACCCAGGACACCCCGGAACGGAUAGCCUUCUCCACGCACAUGCGGCCUCAUCAUCGUCCUCGACGACCGGCUACCGGGAGCUGAUGCAACUCAUCAAGUUACAGCGCGAGAAAAUCAAUACCCAACAGGCGGACCUCUCGAAGUACGACUCAGAGAUCGGAUUUCUAGAGGGUCGUAGCCGCGACCAGACGGAUCAACUAGAAGCGAUCACGCAAGAGAUCAGCCGACAGGAGCAGCAGUACCGGCAGGCGACCGACCAGCUGCAGGCUUACCAGUACGUGGACGAAGAGAGCGAACUGGUGCGGCAACAGGAGAAGACGCUCAAAUCGGAGAUCACACUACUCCGCUCAAAGCUGGCCAACUGCGAGACGGAGCUGCUGCAGUGCAAGAACAAGAUCCGGCUGCUGAUGGACGAAAUUCUGGUCGAGCAGCGCAAGUAUAGCCGACAGUACGAUCCGAACCGACAGCAGCUGUUGGAGCGGGCUCUAAUCUGUGAAGUUGACAGGCUGCAGGUGGAGAUCGACCUGGCGGUCCAGAGCGCGGACCAGGCGAACAAGGCACACGACAAGCUGAAGGGCGAGGUGGCGCAGCUCGAGGGUGCGAUCGCGGACAAGAAGAAGCAGGUCGAGAAGCUGGUGCACGAGAUGAAGGAGGUCAACCUGCAGAGCCUGGCGGUGGUGCCACCGGCCGAUGAGGUCCGCCACCUGCUGGAAGGUGAGUCCGAGUUUGGCUCGGUCAAACCAGGCAGCACUCGCCGGAUGAUCGGCUCUCCGAGGCAGCUGGAGAAUGCGGUUCCGACGAGCAAAAACCCCCACGGUGUGUGGGUGUAA